GACCCCCAUAUACCGGGAGAUAAUCACCCACGCCGGCAACUAAUCUCUCGACAUGGUGCACAAAUGUGAGACUCCAAAUUGUGGCAAAGAGGCAACACUGCAAUGCCCAACGUGCUUGAAGAUGGGAAUUCCUGGUUCCUAUUUCUGUUCGCAACCAUGCUUUAAGGGUUUCUGGAAGGAGCACAAGCUAAUUCAUGCAUUAGCUGAAGGCGCCGCAAAACCCAAAUCGACUGAAGACGAUGGUGGUUAUACCCCUUGGCCUCAUUACCGUUUUACCGGUAAAUUACGCCCGGCUGAGAAAACACCCAAACGUGCUGUACCUGAAAGCAUAGAACGUCCCGAUUAUGCCGAUCAUCCUCAGGGUAGAGCUGCUUCCGAAGAGGCUAUGCGCGGCAAUACUUCCAUUAAGGUUUUGGAUGACGAUGAAAUUGAAGCAAUGCGUGUGGUUGGUCGUUUGGCACGUGAAUGUCUAGAUGCUGCCGCACAGGCAGUGGAUGUGGGUGUGACCACAGAUGAAUUAGAUCGAUUGGUGCAUGAGGCUGCCAUUGAACGGGAUUGCUACCCAUCACCAUUGAAUUAUUAUAAUUUCCCCAAAUCAUGUUGUACCUCAGUCAAUGAAGUCAUCUGUCACGGUAUUCCGGAUUUGAGACCCCUCAAGGAUGGUGAUAUUUGUAAUAUCGAUGUAACCGUCUAUCAUCAUGGCUUCCAUGGUGAUUUAAAUGAAACCAUGUUUGUGGGUAAUGUUUCGGAGAAACAUAAGAAAUUGGUACGUGUUACCCAUGAGGCGUUGAGCAAAGCCAUUGAAUUGGUGAGACCCGGUGUCAAGUAUCGUGAAAUUGGUAAUGUCAUACAGAAGUAUGUGGCGCCACAUGGUUUCAGUGUUGUCAAGAGUUAUUGCGGUCAUGGUAUUCAUCGAUUGUUUCACACUGCCCCAAAUGUGCCUCAUUAUGCGAAAAAUUCCGCUGUUGGUGUUAUGAAAGCCGGUCACACCUUUACAAUUGAACCCAUGAUUUCGGAAGGUGUUGCAAAGGCUGAGCAAUGGCCAGAUGAUUGGACUGCAGUCACCGCUGAUGGUCUCUACUCGGCACAAUUUGAACAAACACUUUUGGUAACAGAUACGGGUUGUGAAAUUCUGACUAGACGUCGUGAGAAAAACGGCCAACCAUGGUUUAUGGACAAAAUGUAGA